AUGGGGAAGAUAUCCGUCUUAGGCAAAAUCACGCUUAUUUCUUUCAUUUUGCAAGCAAUAAUAAUCACCGUCUUGGAAGCCUUCGUUAUUUAUUUCCAUGUCAAUUUUGUCAGCCAAUAUGAGUUGGAUUCAGUUGUACUUGUAGUAGCUGGUGCUCUCUGGCAUCGUAAUUCUGUUCAAGUAGUAGCCCUUGUAAUAUUCAACCUUCUUACAUUAGCAUACGCAGGAAUACAACUUUAUCAACACAAAAUUCUUGAAGAUCAAGGCACUCAGAAUGCAACAUAUACACCGAUUAAUCCAAUUUUCCCUAAAGAUGAUAGGGAUGCUCCCAAAAUUCAUUAUGAAGCUUUGAUGAGACCAAUCGAGCAUACUAUCAUCGCCUUAAUAUCUGCUUUUUCUAUAUAUUUAGCUGUCAUGUCUUACUUGCUCACCAAAGAAUUUGGUUGGGAAAACUAUAGAACUUAUUCCGCUGAUCCUCAAGUCCGCGACAGAUUUUUGAGUCUUACAAUUUUACAGACUCUGAUUAAAAUGGACGUAUUCUUUAUCGGAUCGUACGCAAUACAACUCAUACCCUCUCAAAAAAUUGGUUAUUCUUCUUCUAUCGUGGAAAUUACCCUUGUUUUUUUUUUGAGUACUCUCAUGUUGUUAAUAUCUUGGAUCUCUGUCAGUAUGGAAAAGAAAUAUCUUUUGCUAUCAGCGAUCAAUCUUUAUUCUAUAUCGUUGAUUUACUGGGCUUAUCGACUUAUAACGGUCAAUCUUCCUGUAUUAAAUGGAGCUGUUGUAAUUUUCGUUCUUGUAUUAAUUACUGUACAUUAUUCCAUCAUUUGCUUCCGAAAUAUGAUGCGUGGAUUUUAUAUACUUUCUGUAUAUGGACGGUCUGAAAAUGAGAAAAAAGACAAUUUAGAUAUCGACGAUUUAGAAGCUUCUCCUUCCAAACGCAUAUCAAAUAAAGAAAAUGCGAUUAGAGAACAAAAGAGACGAACACAACAAGAACAUGAAAAAGCGAUAUUAGAUUAA